AAAACCCUGCUUAUGAGCUUCUCUAAAGGCUAACACAAAGCGUUCCUCUUUCUGUCUGACAGGUUCAGGAUCAUCAGAACACUCUCCUCCCCCAGGCCCCUCGACGUCCCCUCUGCUCCCCUCUCUCACCUCCACCACGACCAGGAGCUCCUCUGCCAACACCCCCCGACCCCAGCACCACCACCAUGCCCAAGAACAGCAAGGUCACCCUCGCGCCCAGCAAGGAGGCCGUCACGGAGUCCGUGGCGGACCUGCUGGCGCUGGAGCAGCCCAUGGACUACAAGAGCAGUCAGAUGAGCAUGGGCCUGAGCCCCGGGGCCACGGCGCCGGGGAAGGGCCUGCUGCCCUCCCCCGACGCAGACGGGGAGGACGGGCGGCCGUCCUGGAACAACAAGCUGGAGUACAUCCUGGCCCAGGUGGGCUUCUCCGUGGGCCUGGGGAAUGUGUGGAGGUUCCCCUACCUGUGUCAGAAGAACGGCGGAGGUGCGUACCUGGUGCCCUACUUCAUCCUCCUCAUCCUCAUCGGCAUCCCGCUCUUCUUCCUGGAGCUGGCGGUGGGCCAGAGGAUCCGGCGGGGCAGCAUCGGCGUGUGGAACUACGUCUACCCCCAGCUGGGGGGCAUCGGGGUGUCCAGCCUCAUGGUCUGCGGCUUCGUGGGCCUCUACUACAACGUCAUCAUCGGUUGGAGCAUCUUCUACUUCUUCCAGUCCUUCCAGUUCCCUCUGCCCUGGGCCGAGUGCCCUAUGCGCAGGAAUGGGAGCCAGGCCAUCAUGGAGCCGGAGUGUGAGAAGAGCUCGGCCACCACAUACUUCUGGUACCGGCAGACCCUCAACAUCACCAGCAGCAUCGACGACACGGGCGGCCUGAACUGGAGGAUGACCCUGUCCCUGCUGGGCGCCUGGAUCAUCGUCUGCAUGGCCGUCGUUAAGGGCAUCCAGUCCUCGGGGAAGGUGAUGUACUUCAGCUCCCUGUUCCCCUACGUGGUGCUCUUGUGUUUCUUGGUACGCGGGUUGCUGCUGAAGGGUGCGACGGACGGCAUCGCCCACAUGUUCACCCCUAAGCUGGAGAAGAUGCUGGAGCCCCAGGUCUGGCGAGAGGCGGCCACGCAGGUGUUCUUCGCCCUGGGCCUGGGCUUUGGCGGCGUCAUCGCCUUCUCCAGCUACAACAAGCGGGACAACAACUGCCACUUUGACGCGGCGCUGGUGUCCAUCAUCAACUUCGUCACGUCCAUCUUGGCCACGCUGGUGGUGUUUGCCGUCCUGGGCUUCAAGGCCAACGUGAUGAACGAGAAGUGUGUCGUGGAGAACGCGGAGAAGAUCCUGGGCUACCUGAACACGGGGGUGCUGAGCCGAGAGCUCAUCCCCCCACACAUCAACUUCUCCCACCUGACCAGCGAGGACUACAGCGAGAUGUACGGCGUCAUCAAGACAGUCACGGAGGAGGACUUCCCUCAGCUCGGUCUGGACGCCUGCCUGCUGGCCGACGAGCUCAACAAGGCGGUGCAGGGCACAGGGCUGGCCUUCAUCGCCUUCACCGAGGCCAUGACCCACUUCCCUGCUAGCCCCUUCUGGUCGGUCAUGUUCUUCUUCAUGCUCAUCAACCUUGGCCUGGGCAGCAUGAUCGGCACCAUGACGGGCAUCACCACUCCCAUACUGGACGCCUUCAAGAUACGCAAGGAGAUCCUGUGUGUGGUGUGCUGCAUCAUCGCCUUCUUCCUGGGCCUGCUGUUUGUCCAGCGCUCCGGGAACUACUUUGUGGCCAUGUUUGACGACUACUCGGCUGGCCUGCCGCUCACCAUUGUGGUGUUCCUGGAGAACAUCUCCGUGGCCUGGAUCUACGGCACCGAGAGGUUCAUGCAGGACCUGCAGGACAUGCUGGGCUUCAGACCCUACUCCUUCUACUUCUACAUGUGGAAGUAUGUGUCCCCUGCCAUCCUGGUGGUGCUCAUCGUGGCCACCGUCAUCGAGAUGGCCGUCAGCCCCGCGGGCUACAACGCCUGGAUCGAAGCCGAGGGCUCGGAGCGCUUCAUGAACUACCCGCCCUGGGCGCUGGGCAUGGCCUACGCCCUCAUCCUCGCGGCCCUGCUGCCGCUGCCCAUCGUCUUCAUCGCCCGCCGCUUCAACCUGCUGUCGGACGGCUCCAACAAGCUGUCGGUGUCGUACCGCAAGGGCAUGAUGAAGGACAUCUCCAACCUGGAGGAGCAGGACGAGCAGCGCUUCAUCCUGGGCAAGGGCCCCAACGAGGCCCCCUCCCCGAGCCCGGCCCACCGCCCCUACCUGGGGCCCGGCGGCGCCCAGGAGAUGACCAACACCAGCUACGGCACCAGCACCAAGACAGGCUACCAGAACAUCGGCUCCCCGGAGUCACAGUUAUGAUGGGCUCAGUCUGUAUCA